AAAAAUGAAUAUAAUAAAGUUGGUUCUUGAAUACUUUAACAUUGCUCACUUGUAAACUAUACAACAAAAAGCCACCCACCAUAGCCUACACCCUUUGACACUCUCCAAAAGCUUCCAACUCCUCUAUAAGUACCACUUCGUUCCCUCUUUACCCACCAUCUCACAAGGGUUUUCUGGGGUUUACGAUUCGAUCAUGGCUGCUGCAAAUUUGGGCGUUAUAAAUCAGGGUUCGGUUACUCCCCAUUUCAACAGUGAUUCAUCGCUUCAGAAAUCGUUUCUCAAGACCCAAAAGAUUAGCUUUUGUGAUAAACAAUGGACCCGUUUUUCGCAACUGGAGCUAAAAUCAAAGACUGCGUCAUCAAGACAUCAAUCCAUAGUUGCUAUGUCAGUGUCACAAACCGUAUCCAAAGGUAAAAUUACGGUCUCGCCCUUGGAUCUUGAAGAUGCAAAAGAACCACCCCUGAAUUUACACAAGCCCAAGGAGCCAUACACUGCAACCAUUGUCUCGGUUGAAAGGCUCGUAGGCCCAAAAGCCCCUGGAGAGACUUGCCAUAUUGUAAUUGAUCACGGUGGCAAUGUUCCGUACUGGGAAGGACAAAGUUACGGCGUUAUUCCACCCGGUGAAAACCCAAAAAAACCCGGGGCCCCACACAAUGUUCGGCUUUAUUCAAUAGCAUCAACAAGAUACGGGGACUCAUUCGAUGGAAAAACCGCGAGUUUGUGCGUUCGAAGAGCCGUUUAUUACGACCCCGAGACGGGAAAAGAAGACCCGUCUAAGAACGGUGUUUGCAGCAAUUUUCUCUGUGACUCAAAACCCGGAGACAAAGUUAAAAUAACAGGACCAUCUGGAAAGAUUAUGCUUUUGCCUGAAGAAGACCCAAAUGCAACCCACAUUAUGAUUGCUACAGGGACAGGUGUCGCUCCGUUCAGAGGCUAUCUUCGUCGGAUGUUCAUGGAAUCCGUGCCCACGUACAAAUUCAACGGUCUUGCUUGGUUGUUUUUAGGGGUGGCCAACACGGAUAGCCUUCUGUAUGAUGAUGAAUUCAGCAAGUACCUUGCAGAUUACCCUGAUAACUUCAGGUUUGACCGAGCGCUUAGCAGAGAGCAAAAGAACAAAAAUGGAGGGAAAAUGUAUGUGCAGGACAAAAUAGAAGAAUACAGUGAUGAGAUAUUUAAAAUGCUGGAUAAAGGGGCCCACAUAUAUUUCUGUGGGCUUAAGGGGAUGAUGCCUGGAAUCCAAGAAACAUUGAAGAGGGUUGCAGUGGAAAGAGGGGAAAACUGGGAUGAAAAACUGUCACAGUUGAAGAAGAACAAGCAGUGGCAUGUUGAGGUUUAUUGAUUUUUCAAAUUUUUAUUUGCAUUUGUUUGCUUGAAAAUUUGAGGAACUUGUAAUAUCCUUUGAAAAGGAGUUUAACCAGAUUGUCUAUUUCAGUAAACAAAAUAAAAAAGUGAUGGUCAUCACUCGGUUUUUUUUUUUUUAA